UAUCUAUUUUUCCUAAUUGAUACUCUUCAUCAUAGUUCUUCUACAUACAGAUCAGAAAAAGAAGGGAAAAGAAAAGGAGGAAGAGACUUGAUUCAUAUUGCUAUGGCUUCAACACCUCGACGAACCGGUGGAGGCCUCUUCGAAGGGCUCUACAGGGUCAUCAUGCGCCGCAACUCCGUCUACGUCACCUUCGUCAUUGCCGGCGCUUUCCUCGGUGAACGGGCUGUGGAUUAUGGAGUUCAUCGGCUGUGGGAGUACAAUAACGUUGGGAAACGAUAUGAAGACAUUCCAGUUUUGGGGCAAAGGCCAACAGAUGAAUGAACUAUGGACUCUUCCUUAUAACCAUCUUGUAGUUCCCAUAAGGAAAGUUGAAGUAUGCAAUUAUGCAUUAGGUAGCAACUCUUUUUUUCAUUAAUAAAAUAUUUGAUGGAUUGAACCGAUUAUAUCAAGCAUGUUUCAAUGUUUGAUGCUCUAUUCAAUUGUUUUUGGAGUGUUGAAUCAGUCUUCUAUGGCCAGAUUGACUCUUAAUAUUU